AUGGCAGGAGACAAGGCGGAAUCGUCUGGUGAUGACAAGGAAAACGAGAUAGAUACAAGCUCUCCAUACUACAUUCAUCCAUCCGAUUACCCCAAGCAGAUGCAGGUAAACGAUGCGUUGAAUGAUGGUAAUUACGGUGAGUGGAAGCAAGAGAUGAUGAACUUCUUGCUGGCAAAGAACAAGAUGGGGUUUGUGGAUGGCACAAUCAAGAAACCCGACGCAAAGUCUUCCUUGAACUUGGCUUGGACUCGAGCCGAUGCGAUGAUAAAGGGGUGGAUAACGACAGCUAUGGAAAGAGAGAUACGCACCAGCGUCAGAUAUGCUAACACGUCAUCUGAGAUUUGGUGUGAUCUAGAAGAACGGUUCGAGAAAGAAGGAGCACCUCGAGCCUACGAAUUGAAACAAAGCCUCAACGCCUUGCGGCAAGGUGGUGCAUCUGUUUCAACAUAUUACACCAAGUUGAGGACUGCUUGGGAUGAACUCCAAACCGUUCUUCCUAACCCCCGUUGCACGUGUGAAGGGUGCCACUGUGGGAUCGGCAAACAGCUCAACGAAGUGAAAGAGAAGGAGAGAUCCUAUGAAUUUUUGAUGGGAUUAGACGAUGACUUUUCUGUGGUUCGAACCCAAAUUUUAGCCAUGAAACCGACACCAUCUUUAAGCACUAUCUACCACCUGGUAGCCGAAAGUGAACAACAAUGA